GAACCAAAGAGCAAGGAGAGUGGGGUGUGCUUCAUCUGGAGCUGUGUCUGAGAUGCAAUAAUCAAGUACUCUACAGACAGCAGGAAGCACAGCUCAGAGCAGAUAGAGGUGAUCAAACAAGAUAUUCACAAAGGGAUGUUACUUCCGUGAACUCUUUUAGAAUUUAAUCCUUUCCAGUCCGAAAUCUUUCCAAAGCUAAUAAUUAUUUUCAACGUUCGAAGCAAUAUGCCGGAACAAAGCAAUGAUUAUAGGGUUGUUGUAUUUGGUGCGGCAGGAGUCGGAAAAAGUUCACUAGUCCUUCGUUUUGUGCGAGGGACCUUUAGAGAAACCUAUAUCCCUACUAUAGAAGAUACGUAUAGACAAGUCAUCAGUUGCGACAAAAACAUCUGCACACUUCAGAUUACAGAUACAACAGGAAGUCAUCAAUUUCCUGCCAUGCAGAGAUUGUCUAUAUCCAAAGGGCAUGCAUUCAUCUUGGUCUACUCUGUCACAAGUAAGCAGUCUAUGGAAGAGCUUCAGCCAAUCUAUGAACAGAUUUGCCAAAUUAAAGGGGACGUACAGAACAUUCCGAUAAUGCUGGUUGGUAAUAAGAGCGAUGAGAACCUGAGGGAAGUCCAGUCAAGCGAAGGAGAUAGCUUGGCAAACAAGUGGAAGUGUUCAUUCAUGGAAACUUCAGCAAAACUCAAUUACAAUGUACAGGAACUCUUUCAAGAACUUUUAAACUUAGAAAAGAGAAGGACUGUUAGCUUACAGGUGGAUGGAAAAAAAUCCAAACAACAGAAAAAGAAAGAUAAAUUGAAAGGGAAGUGUUCCAUAAUGUAAAGAUAUAUUUGCCUUACCGGACUCCCAUUAUUGCAUGAGGCAAUGGCAGAAUGGACUCCUUUCCUAGAAAUAUUAAAGCGGUGUUCAAUUUGGUGUUGGAUUAUAAGAUAGGACUGGACAUCUUCAGAAAUUGAAAUAUAACUGGGAAGGAAGCUGACUGCAUGUGUUAAGCACUUACAGGGGCAGUAAAUUCAUCUUUCGUGAUUCAUACAGAGCAUACAAUUUUAAACAACUUUCCAAUUUACUUCUAUUGUGUAACUCAAUUCAUUCUCUUGGUAUCCUUUGUUGAAAAGCAUACCUAGGUAGGCUCAUUGCAGCUGGAAGCCAGCUGCUGAUAGUGGCUGCUUAUAUAUGCCUAGUUAUUGGCUCAGCCAAUAUGUACAGCUAGCAGCUCCCAGUAGU